GGGGCAACGACCGCUGCGCUGCAGUUGUUGGAGAAAGGACUGCCCUCCGCUUAAGACAAUAUACAUUGAAAUAAUACCAGAAAACAACGCAUCCUUAAUAUUGAGACAUUAUGGGAAAUACGAGUGACAGGGUGGCAGGAGAUCGCCAUGGAGCAAAGGCCCAUCGCUCAGACAGCAGUGGCAGUCAGAAAGACCAGGAACCCAGCAGUAAGAUGGUGGACAGCACAGACGACCCCAACAUCUUCAACACCCAUGGGCCAGAGUCCAAGGCAUUAGGAGAGAAAGAAUUCACCCCAGAUCUGGAUGACUUGGUGAAAACUGGUCCUCAGGCUCGACCCACUGUCAUCCGCUGGGCUGGAGGAGGAAAAGAGGUCUACAUAGCUGGCUCCUUUAAUAACUGGAGCACAAAGAUACCUCUUAAUAAAAGCCAUAAUGACUUUGUAGCCAUCCUUGACCUGCCAGAGGGAGAACACCAGUACAAGUUCUUCGUAGAUGGACAGUGGGUCCAUGAUCCCUCAGAGCCGGUCGUGACCAGCCAGCUUGGCACCAUCAACAAUCUGAUCCAGGUAAAGAAGUCCGACUUUGAGGUGUUUGACGCGCUGCAAGUCGACUCACUGGAGUGCUCAGACACAUCAGAUCUGUCAAGCUCCCCUCCAGGUCCGUAUGGGCAGGAGCAGUACGUCUACAGACCUGAGGAGCAUUUCAAAGCCCCUCCUAUUCUCCCCCCUCACCUCCUUCAAGUUAUUCUCAACAAGGACACCAAUAUAUCUUGUGACCCCGCUCUGCUGCCUGAACCAAACCACGUCAUGUUAAACCAUCUUUACGCUCUCUCUAUAAAGGAUGGAGUCAUGGUGCUGAGUGCCACUCACAGGUACAAGAAGAAAUAUGUCACCUCUCUGCUUUACAAGCCGAUAUAAACCUCAUCUUUGGUGCUCCGCAGCGCUUUGAAAAAGCAGCAUGUUUGUAUCCCGCAGUUUUAGUUUCUGUCAUCACGGUUAGCCAAAUCUUGCACUGAAACAAGUUUACAGGCAGAGCUGAAGGCCAGCUGAAGGCCAGCUGAAGGCUGAGACUGUGGCUCUGGUUUCAAAAGGCAACACUUUGGUCUACACAGGGCUCUGAACAAAAGUAGACAAGUGUGAGUAGGGUGUCCACACAAGAUCCACGCUGCGGCUUUGGCCUUUGACGUCCACAGACUGAAGAGACUGACUGAAACACUGUGUUUGUUUGUUGCACCUUGUGAAUAUUUGCAUGUCUGUGUGUUAAGCACUUAUCUGUGAUGGAGGGUUUUUACGUGUUAGUCACGUGUAUCGCAAUUUUCUUUGACAUUGCUGGGUCAUCACGUCCUCUUUGUACUGAGUUAUUCAACAGCAUUUAAAGUGAGUUAGCGUGCAGGAUAACAGGAUGAUUGAAUCUAGCGCAGUCAGGUCAGUUUGUUCAAAGGAGCAGCAGACUGAAGGUCUGCCUGUUUCAGUUUGAAGUGCAAUAACCUAUAGAGAUUUACAGUAAUGUCUUUUCUCGCCUAAUGGCCAUUAUAAUUCCUAGACUUGAGUUCCUCUCUGAUACCAGUGCAAUUAAGAAAUAUAGAUAUUACAGUUUUUAUCAGGUCUACACAUCUAAAUGUUAGUGGUUUUAAUGAUACAUUUUAUUUUGUAUCUCUCAGCUUGGUGUUGGGUAAAGCUUUUAAAACUAACUAGUUACAUUUGUGUGUAACAUACUGAGAAAAGUUUAAACCCUUGUGAAAGUUAGCCUACAGUACGUCUACUCUGGUGUCAUUCUGCAGCCUAGUUUAUAAUCUUCGACCCUGUAGCCUUAUAACAAGAUAACUGAUGUGAUAGCCUUCACAGCUAAUAUUCUCCCAAUCUGACAGGGAACUGGGUAGAAGCAUAAAGUAUUCAACAGCUCUUUCAAUGAACACAGCACAACAUAAGUUCUGAUAAUUUCAUGCCACCAUGAUGACGUGAUUGUCACAUUUUCACCCCAAAAAUCAACAUAAUAGGAAUAUUUCAUAAAGUAAAUGCUGUCCUCUAACAUCUUGAAUCAGCUAGCUACACAUGCACACUGGCACAGCUGGAACACAGCUAUCUGCCCAGGUGUCAGAGAGAAACAGAAACCAUGUAGAUGCUUCAGGGAUUUUCUGUCUAUAAACGGUAAAGAGAAAUACAGUGAUUCUUUUUUUCUAACAGAUUACUUGGUAACAUGCUACUCCCAACAGUGCUCCUGAGACCCUCUGUAUGAGCCAAGAAUCCCUUUAGAAAGCCGUUUUUACAAUAAUGUAAGUGAAACUGCUUUAGUUUUUGAUUUUCCCCUGGUUUUGGUCAUAUAUUUAUUAAAACAUAAAAAGACCUUAAAAUGUGACAAGGGAAACAUUGACAUUUCUGUAAUGCUGACUAAGACUGCCCCAUCUUCAUUACCUUUUUAACUGCAGAGUGCUACAUUUUGUUUGAAAAGAGCAACAAAAGACUUUAUUAUUUAUGCGUGGCUAAUAUACAAUAUUGUUGUUUUAGUGCAUUGUAGUAUCUACCACCACAUUUUUAGAGCUGAGAGAGGAGCAGGGAAGUAAACAGUAGUUGUUGCUGUUUUCUGCUUUUGUUUUUAAGAGAAGUUUUUGGGACUGUUUUGCCUUUAUGAUAGGACAACUGAAGAGAGAUAGGGAAUAUGGGGAAGACAGGACUGGAGACAGGAGGACAGGAGACGGGGAAUUGAUCCUGUGACAAGUGCAUUGAGGACUGUAGCCUCUGUAAAUGGGCUCCUGCUCUAGCAGCUGAGCCAAACCAGCGCCUGACGGAGAGAGCUUUAUUCUAAAUGUACAGGGCUCACAGUGGGCCCCUUUCAGUGUGUGGCAUCCAUACCUGAUGGUACACUUUUUCUUACCUGCCAAUACCAAUAUUUAACUUUGUGAGCUAAUAUCUGUGAUACUGAUAUCAUGCAGAUAGUGCCGUCUAGUCUCUGUUAUUUUAAUGAUUGGCGGUAUUUUAAAGUACUUGAAUAGAUCCAACAAAAAUUGCCAGCAGUUGCCUGAACAUGGGCUAACUUUCGACAAAUGUGUUAAUAACAAUAAACAAUGCAGACAGUGUGCAGGAGUGUACCUUCAACUUUUGAUGUUUAGAAGCCAGAAAUUACACAAUUUUUAUGUCAAAGCCUUCUUUAUUUAGUGUUUAUGGAACUGAAGCAGGUAUCUUAUAUUACAAUUCUGUUACGAUGGCAACCCUGCUUGUAAUGCUGGUUCCUCACUGAGGCUUGAGUAAUAAACUACUGUAAAGGGAACUGAAUUUUUACUCAAGUUAUGGUAUGUUUCUACUAGUUUGCAUGAGUACAGUUUGGUAAUGUAAACCUUGGUGUUAAUUGUUCCACACUUCAAGGUCAGAGUGGUUCACUUGGUACCCCAACAAGAAGGUGCCAGAAAGUAGGACCGCGUGGAUCGCUUAUUUUGAUACUUUUGACAGAAGAAAUGCAAUUAAAUACGUAACAAACCAAAUCUAACUGAACCGCUGACUGAUGUACAUUGCACUGUCAGUUUGUAAUACAUGUUAAUAUGUAGAUUUUCUCACAGUCAAACUGUCAUUCAAUGGAAUCUACAACAUGAACUAAACUAUGUCAGAGAUUUUAGUUUUGUCACUGUAAUGGAGUAUUUCUGUGUUUGAACACAGUGGUUGAGAUCACUGUUCUUUCUGCUGUUGCCUUCAUCUUGCCAUGUUUUCUGCGAGCACUUUACCAUGCUGUGAGCAGGAGUAUGGAUAUAAGCUUUGAACUAUGCAGUAGUCAACUCUUGAACUGUAGCCUACCUGGACUCUAAAACACAGUUUGUGCUUUUUAUGUAUUUAUUGUUUAGACAUAACGAGUUUUGCUGUGCUUUCUGUACAAGUGUGUAUGUCUGUCUAUCAGAUUGAUUGUACUGUAUGUUUCUGUUACAUGUAUAGUCCACUCCAUGGUGUGAACUUGCUGCUUUGCAUGUAAUGAAUGUCUGCAACAUGUGGGGAUAUGGCGUUUACUGAGUGAAGAGCUCAUUCAGUGAUAACUGGUUGCACAAAAGAAAGAAAUCUAUCCAGAGGCACAUUUUCAUAUCAAAUCUAAGGGCUUUGAGAAUAGAUAGCUGCCAAGAAUUUGAGUGUACGUUUGCUCAAGAGUGUGUUAUUUACGGCAUUAUUAAUGUGUAUUUAAAGGUACAGUGGUGUUGAAAGUCGUGCUGUUUAAAUGUCUGCACUUAUAGAACAAUUUAAACCUACGGAAGCCCAGAGAGGCUGUGCUUGCAAUCAUUUUUUUACACUUGAACCCCAAAACCACUAGCUUUAAAGUGCAUUUUCACUGGAUUUAAACAAUUUAUUAGCUCUGAUAUGAGGACAAGGGCAUUAUUAAAAAAAAACAUUGAAAGCAAGCUUUUCUUAGUUGCUUUGUAAAUCCACUGAUCUACAGAAUUGUAUAAUGGGAGUCUAGCCUUGAGUUUUGUUUUUGUUGGGGGGGGGGUUGUUGUGUGCACCUGGUGGUAUUUUUAGGCUAUAACCAAAGCUUAAAUUUUAAGACCAUUUCAUGAAUAUUUUAAAUGCUUAGCAAAACCUGUGUGGUGUUUACUGUAACAGGUUUUACUUGUUUGCAAAUAA